CUUCGUAAGUAGGUGCGCACUAUUCUUAUCGCGGCAAUAUUGCGUCAUUAUAUCGGAUCGGAUAUUAACCCUUGCGAGGAAAACAUAUUGAUUGAUAGACAUCUGUUGGGGCUUAUCAUAUAUAUGUCUAUCUGAUAUCUAUAAUUAUAAGAAAAAAAAAAGAAACCAAUUUGUCAUCGAUAGGAAAUUAUACGGUACAAAGAUCCGGACACACAGAUACGCGUGAUCCAUAUAGCGUGGAUUUUUUGCAAAGCUAUAGUUAAAUGGCACGCUCGACUGCACGUAUGACAAAUAACCAGCAGACGGAUAAUCACGGGUGACAGCGAUAAGCGAUGCGAGAAGAUCAGAGCGGUAAGACUACACCGCGGCAAGUGUCAAAUCCAGGCCUUUCACGAUCAAUUCCAGAAUUCGACGCUCUCCUAGGCGCCCCGAAAGCCAUAACGGUCGACCGUGUUGUCCCGACGAGAGCGGAAGGUGGAGGACCUCUUCCGCGGAAACGGGCCCAAAAUUAAGGCCCGCGGCCCAGGCGGGAGGUCAACGGCAGAUAUCUCUCGUCAAAAUUCUAAUAAUAGCUCAACGCCCGCGUUCCCUAGUCAAUACUUCAGACAUCCACCACCACGACCAAUCACUACUACUACUACCACUAUCGCCGCUGCCGUCGUAGUCGUCGGAACAACACGUUCGAGCCAGCGCGGCGCACACGUACGUGCAUGUGCACGCGCAAGAAGCCGACGCUGCCGAGGAGGAACAGGCCGUAGGUGCAAAGGGAAAGAUAAACGGCGAUCGCCUCACCUUUCACGAGCCUUUUCGGAAAGAUCCUCGGCGUGUGAGGAGCCUCACAGGACGACGUUGUCGCGCGUUAAUCGAACUUUCGGCAAAGGCUGCGCCGCAAGCAACAUCGUCUUCACCACGCCACGAUGAUGCGUACUAACAUUCUCUGCACCGAGCCGCGGUACCGACCAGCCGCGCACACGCCGUACGGACAUUAUGCCGCAAAGAUCACCAACUAUGGAAGUGGUGGGAACAGGACUAUCGGCCAACGAGCCACGCGUGAGAGCGGUGUGAACGAGCGGCGUGGCGCUAUCUGGAGCAACGCGGGAAUACUCGAUUACAAUGUCUUGGCUAUUUCUGGAGAAAGCGAUCGUCGAAAUCUAAGUCGCGAAUUCUUCUGUAUCGCGCGAGGAAACGUUCGGGGAUUUAGCGCUGCAACGCGACCAGAGCUCGAUCGCACGGCCAAAUCCGCGUUCCUUAUGCGCGCCAAAGGAAUACUCCCCGCAUGGCGGGAAGCGAAACUUAUUUUUGUUUCAAGGUACUCCUGGAGAUACGGAGUUUAUUUAUAGGGAUACAUUCUUCGGUCCGCGACUGUCAGACACGAAAACAGAGAGGCGAGCGUGAGGAAGGAUGAAAGGCGGAGACGCGAUAAGAGAAGGAUGGGGGACGCGGUCGGCCUGCCGCGGCUGCUGUUUUAAUUAAUCUCGCACAGUCGCACUAAUUAACAUCGCCGCAAACAAACGUGAGAAGUAUCGUCGUGAAAGUGCACGCCGUUCUCGCCGUGCAACCCUCGUACGAUUUUCUGAAUUGCACUCACAAUAUAAGGUGAAAAUACAUAUAAUAGCAAAAUGAAAGAUUUGAUAAUUCGUAGAAAAGUAUACCUUUUGUCGAGGGAGAAGAUUCUGUGUCGAAUUGUGGAGACUUGCGGUGAUUUCUUUCAGCACCACUCUCUUGCCUUCGCGAGCAGUUCCACCGGCGCUCCUCGGGCUUGACAUUUUGUUGACAAUUAAUUGGAUCUUUUCGAUGAAAUGCCGGAAAUUCGUCUGUCUCGGUUUCCUAACGGAAAAUACCGUAGAUAAUGUCGUUUCUUUUCUUGAUAAGAAAUCGAUUCUAUAAAGAUGAUUUGACAAAAAUCAGACGUAAUGUCUAAAUAUUUCGUUUUGUUGUUAAACUGAUUACUGAUAUCUGCUUCAAAAUGUGUAUUUUUAAUAAAAAGAGCUGACGCUGUUGA